ACAUGAACUCCGCUAUUCCAAAUUUGAUCAUUGGGAUAGGUAGUGUCGAGGACGGGCCCCAAGGUACUCAUUUGCUGUAGCCACCUAUUGUUGAUAAUUAGAAAGUUAAUUAUCGUAACUUCGCUAAUUACGCACGUAAGUGCGGUAACUGCUCUGUAUCUAGAGGCCGCCAAUCCGUACACUCGAAUGGUAAACAUAACGUGACCAAGAUUUAUAUUUUUCUAAUUUAAAAAGUUUGGUGAAGCUAAAAAAAAAAACACCCUGUAUAGUGGUAUAUAGUAAAUAACGACUCAUGCACACAACCUACAAAGCAUGUCGGGGCUCGAACCCUCAACCUUCCAAGUACGCAGGCUGUCGAACCCUUGACCUCCGAAGCAGAAAAAAACUGGUACCCCAAACCUUCCAAGCAUGCAGGGUAUCGAACUCUCGACCUCCGAUGCAUAUAGUGUUUGAACCCCGAUAUUUUCCGUGUGGCGUAUUGAACCAAUGGUCAGUACUGAUUAAGCAAAGCUCAAGUGAUGGUCAGUUGUAGUCAAGCGAUGGUCAGUAGAGCACAAUGAGGAUGAGCAAGUGGCACCAUGCUUCCAAAUGCCUAAACUCCAGUGAAGUUCCUACAGAAUUCUUUUUAGUUGAGUUGUACGGAUGCACGUCAUUUUGCAAAAUCGCAGAACGUCGCCCUUUUAUUAUAUUGGUUUAUUUGUAUUGCAGUACAAUAACUUUUUGCAGAUGGUAGGUAAAUUCAUGACCGCAACAUUGUAUAUUACCAUGGGCAUGCUUGUAAUCACUUGGACGCUUACAAAACAUGUUAACAAAAGCUUUGUUGACAAAGUAAUUGUGCUUAUGAAUACCUGUAAAAUCCUAUACCAGCGUACUAACCACACUUCUGCAUUAUAUUCUAAUUGCCUUGCAUGUAGUGCUCACAGAUUGAAAUGCGACAUAGCGAGCUUGUGGCCGCCGGUACAUGCAGCGCAACCCCUGGAAGGAACACGUUGCAUUGUGGUAUUUACCAUGAGAGUGAGCGUGGUUUGAGCGUGGGCUUACUGCUUCCGGUUGCCAAUGAGCGGGACUGUGGUUUUCCGCAGCGCCAACGUACAGUGUAGCGGUAUACCGCAAUGCAAGAUCGUGCUUCCACAGGCAACGCUGCAUACAUGAGCGGCCAUGCGCUUGCAGUGUCGCAUUUUAAUCCGUGAGCACUGUACAUGCCCUUCUGUGUGAAGAAAUAAGCAGAUAAAUUUAAUGUUUGACAGGGUCUGUGGAACCAGCUGUAGCUGGUAAUGAUGUUUCUAAUGUGCCAAACUCCAGCCAAGCGGUGACUAUCGAUACCAUGACCACACAAGAGACAUAUGCAAAAACAGAAAAUCACAGUGGUUCUUGGGAAGAACAUAAUGGUCAGGUUGCUCAUGGUGUGCGGGGCCACUACGAGAUGGCAAAUUCCUCGCUACCUGGUUGCUCAAAAGAUAGCACUCCUUGGACUGGGGACUGGCAUGUUCGCGGCACAGAUGCUUCUGAAGCUUCUGAACCACAAGAUUCUGGAGGAAACUGUGCAAAUGCAGACUUAUGUACCACAGCUCCUGGUGAAACAGUUGAGAGCAGCAGCUUACAACGCGCCAAUGACUUGUCCCUUCUGCCUACAAGAAGCACAAAUGAUCCGUCGCUGCUGCCUAAUACAAGCACCAGGGACCUGUCCUUGCUGCCUUCGAGAAGCGCCAAUGACCUGUCCUUGCCACCUACAAGAAGCACCAAUGAUCUGCCACUGCUACCUACGAAAAGCCAGGAAUUCUUUGAGUGGCUUCUUGAGAACUUGCCUACAUUUUCUCCGUGUGUGCAACCGCUCCUUGAGGGGAAAGUGCUUUCACAAAGACAGCACAAACAGCUAUGUCGCCAGCUCCGGACAGAAAUCGCACUCUUCUUAGAUGAGAAUGAUAUAAUCACCAGCAGCAACACUGCCCAAUGUCGUUGGAUGUACAAGGCCCUUGGAGAUGCUCUUGUAAAGAUGUACCCACACCUGAUGUGGGAUGAACCAAAGCCUGAAAGCCGGCUGCAGAAAACAAGAAGCCAGGUUUACAGUGCGUUCAUAAGGAGGCUGUCAGUGGCAAGAAAGGUCCGGAAGCACCGGGCAAGGAAAAGUGCUGUAUUAGUUGUGUCGCCGGCACCCCGAGCAACUAUCACAAAUGAGAACGCUGCUUCUGAACUACAGGCCCUAAGCUCUUCAAGUAUGAGUGCUGCAUCACUUGAUAUGCAAAGAAUGAGAAUCCUGCUGACGGUGACGCUCCCAGACCGCCGCAAUACACACAUGGACCCUCUCCCACAGUACUUUUUGGUGGAGGAAAUACUGUGCAUUGAGGUGGAACUUCGGUUUGGAUCGAAGAUAACAGAACUUGAGAACAAACUUGCUGCUGUGGUGCGAGUCUUCUCGGAAAAUGAAGAACGGGAAUGCACGCUGGUAGAUGUUAUGAAGCACAUACAAGGCAAUGUUGGGCACAGUCUCAUAUGUGAGAUGGCAUUGCCAGCUGAGGACCUCCAAGUAACAGCACCCCACAUUUACUGCACUCCUGAGAAGAUUUGUGUUUUUGCUGGCAGCCAAGCCGAACUGAUAACAGUCUCCAAGUCUGGAUUAGGACGGGCACUUAUUUUUUGCCUUUUGACUUACUAUAUUAAGAACUUAGAAUAUCCAUUUGCAUUUUUCCAAAUGCUUGCUCUCGUGCAAAAAGUUGUGCUGCCAGGAGACAAGCUUGUGAAAGGACUGCUUUCUCCUCGUCUGAAGCGUCUCUGUGCGCUCUUAAGCAAGAAAAAUGUAAUCUAGACUUUCCAUGUUUUUUUACCAACUGUGAGGGGAAAGAAAAAAACAACAAACAGUAGAACCCCACUGAUACGUUUUUCACGGGACCCUAAAAAGUAAAUGUAAGAGCCGGGAAACGCAAGAGCCGAGAAACAGGAAAAAUUGAGAAAUGAGAGUAGUGUUGAAUUGCACACAAUAUUAUUUUAAUUCUUACAUUUGAAAAAAAAAGUCAUAGCCCGAACGCCGAAGCAUCGAUUGCGAUAGCAAAUUAGUAGACAGCUAUACAAAGUAAGGAUAGUAGUUUUAUCGGCAGUAUAAACUUGUAAACAUUUACUUAUUACCUAUAUUAACAACCAUGGUGUCAGCGCCCACAACAAACAUGAAAACAUCACACUCGAUGAGCGUGGACACGCGCUGUCAAACGCUGGCGUGAAGAAGCGCUGCUGCAGCAGCGAGCGAAGUGACCUUUGUGCUGUUGUCUAUCGCUUCAACGCAAACCGAGCGCCGAGAACACGCACAAAGCUACAAGCCGCUGACGCACCUACACUGCCUAGACUCUGUCGUCUGCUACCCUCGCAGGCUUUUACUCGUGCGGCGACGGCGUUAUUGCCCUUGGACUUUAUACGGAGCAUCUAUAUAUGCGCCAAAACCAAUUUGAGGGCCACAACGCGUCAUAGACAGCAUCUUUUGAUAGCAAAUAUGGAUCUCAAAGGCCAUGCCUUUGCUGGCGGAAACCGAAAAUACGUCAUAGGUGUCGCCCCGGCACUUUGGGUGGCCAAUCCCAUCAUCAAGCUAUGCGACAUGAAAAGUCAAAAUGGCCGCUCUGGCCAGUGCGGGGUGGCAGUUCACAACGUAUGAAGCGGGAACGGUCCAACAGUUGUGACGCAACAGCGGGGUGACGAAUGCAUUGGGUUCUAUGGGAGCUCUGCCUGGACCGGCCGAAAACGACAAAACCAAUUCGCAGCAUCCGGGAACGCAGCACCCGGGAACAUAACAGCGGGCUUCUACUGUAUGUGAUUUAGUUCAAAGCUGUUGGUUAGCUCCAAAGGUGGGAGAGGCUUAUUCCAUAAGCAGCUGUUUUUUUGUUUUUUUCACGUCAUUCCUUGUUUACUUCUAGUCACAAGCAGUGCAUUUAAUUGCUCUAGUCAUUUGUUCGUCUCCCUUCUGGUGGAGGAUGGUUAAUUUUGUUUUACUUGCGUAUUUAUAGGCCUCAGAAUUUCUUAUAAACAUAGUUUAAGCAUUUAAUUCACCCACGUAGAUGGUUCUGUUUUGCAAAGAGUAAUGCACUCUAUUUGCCCUUCUUUGCUCAGUACUAGUAGAUCGGUAUAUAUCUGCACCUGUGCAGAAAUCUAGUAUUGUAGUUAUUAAAUAGCAUCAAUUGUGAUAUGUUUGUCAUUUCACACAGUUGUGCUUCGCUGACUGUAUAUGGUAGGUCUCAUGGAUGGUAUUUUUGUAUCAGAUCUUGUUGAAGAAUAAACUUGUAAUAAUUUCGCACCUGAGAGUACUCCAACUUAUUUCGCGAGAACGUUCACAGAAUGGUAAACGGAACAGCUUAUUACAAAGGCUCAGGUGCAUAGUUAGGAAGUGAAAUAUGACAUUGCCUUCAAGUACAUCAAAGAAACUCAUUGUCACCAUAUCAUUGCCAGCAGCGCUUUGCAGUAUGCUUUUGCUCACCUGAACUAGAUUAUUAUAGCCAACCUGUAGAUGUUGCUUCCCCAAAGUGUUCUUCAUUGAGUGUGUACUUCAAGUAAUUUUGUGCCUUUGGAAGAUGCAUUUUUUAUAAAUUGUAGCUUUUGUGCACAAGUAAUACUCUAGGAACUGGGGAUAUUUUUGGCUUUCACAUAUAUUGGAGGGACAUUAACUAAGAGGCAGUAUAUGUUAGAGACCUACAGCUGAGUUAUAAUGGCAAUCAAGCAGGAACUGUACCCAAAAGGCUAUGUUAAAUUUAGGGGUUACUUCAGCUAUUUAUUCAUAUGUCCUUAUUGUGAUUGCGAUGUAUUUUUAUAGCUAGCCUAUAAAAUCUAUCACCGCGUCAUGAUUAAAAAUGUUCUGCAUCUCGAAUGGGGCCAACAGUGUGAUACCUGUCAGUUGCCUCUGAUUUCUUUUCACCACAGAUUGUCAUGCAGAAGUUUGCAUUAUGGGAGUGAAAGAAAAAUGUUUGGGUCAAUACCAAUUCAAGAAAGUUACGUGCUGUCUUCAAGGCUUCAAUGAAAUGCAUUUACAGUGGAAGUCUUCUUUAUAGUCCCACAAUUUAAACACCAGCAUAAUUAUAUAAUCUGAGGUAAGAACAUAUAUCACUCAACUGGCAGGCAUGACAAUAUCGGCCCAAUUCGAGAUGCAAAUACCUUGUCGUGGAGCAUUGUUUAUUUUCUAGGUUGGCUAUAAAAAUAGAAUGCAAGCAAAAAGAAAAAUAUCCAUAUAUAUAUAAAUUGCUGAAGUAACCCAUAAAUUUAACAUGUCCUUUAGAGGUUACAUUUGCUUUUAGAAAAUAAAAGUCUACGGCGUAACCUCUAAAGCUGCAUGUUUGUCAAGGGUAACAAUGUAACCUAUACUAUAUUGGUUACAAUGUACCUUAUAUUUUGUAUUAGUUACAAUGUACCUUAUAAUAUAUUAGUUACAAUGUACCUUAUAAAUGUGAAUUUGUGCACCUAUACUAAGGGUUACCCA